AUGAAGAUCUUGGGACCUACUGCUAUUGGAAAUGGCGUUGGUGGCAUUGGCUCUGCCGCUAGACAUCUUGAUCCUAUAGCAGCUCAAAAGUGGAUCCCAUUGUGGCUUGGAUAUGGGGGUUCAGGACUUGGCUCUAUUGGGAAUGGCGUUGGCGCUAUUGCGAGUGGUGCCAGGCCUUUGGUGCCCUGGGUCGCCUCUACUAUGAUUUUGGUGCUUCUGCCUCUUGACGCCCUUGGUCUUACCUUGAGCAAUAGGGGUCUGGUGGAGGCUAGGUUUACAAAGAAGGGGUAUUGGUGGGCUGAAUGGGCUGGGCAGUACGCGCAGGCCCUCGGGCAGUUUGGGCAGGGAGGACAGCAGGUUUUGGGGAGCUUGGCGAGGUCUGGGCAGCAUAUUCCUAUGCUGCCCACGCAAGCAAAUCAGUUGACUAAUAUUCAGAAUCAGUUGUUAGCACAUCAGCCAAGGCAGAAAACAGCUUUAGUCUCAGGUUCUCAUUUUCUUCCAGCGAAUUCUUCAGGGCAGCCAAUGCCUGGGUUACAGAAUAUUGGCGUGAUGGGUUCUCUUGGCUUAAAUCCAAGAGCGAAUGGGUCGCUAUCAUAUAACCAGCAACGUGUAACUCAUGCACAAAUGAGACAGGCGCAUUUGGCUCAACAUCAACCGACCUCACUUACCUCUUCUCAGAAGUUGUCAGCUCCAGGUUUACAAAGGGUGCCAUCAUUGGCAUCCAUGAACCAUCAACUUUCAGCUCUGACUCAAAGUGGGCAACCUGCAAUGAUGCAAAACUCUUUGUCCCAAACACAAUUGAUGAACAUGAAAUCGCUACAGUCUGCCAUUUCCUCUCCUGCAUCUCCUUCUUACCAUCAUCAACUACAAAGGCAACAGCAAAAUGGGAUGCAUCAACAAUUGCAUCAGAAACAAACCAUGCCCAUGAAUCAGCCGCAAAUGGUUCAACAAGCUCAACAAAUGCAACAACCAGGAUCUCAGCAACUUCUCAUUCAACAUCAACAAGCAUCGCAACAAUCAAUGCAACAGCAACCAUCUCCUAGAAUGGCUGGAUGUUCGAUCCAAAAGCCGACUAGUUUAACAGGAUCACAACCAAGUACUCCUGCAUCAGGCACAACUACUGGUGGGAGUUCUAGUCAAGGAACAGAAGCAAGCAACCAAGUCCUUGGCAAGAGAAGGAUACAGGAUCUGGUUUCUCAGGUAGAUCCACAGGGAAAGCUGGACCCUGAAGUUGAGGAUAUCCUCUUGGAGAUAGCAGAUGACUUCAUUGACUCGGUCACAACAUAUGCGUGCAGUCUAGCAAAGCAUAGGAAAUCUUCAACAUUAGAAUCCAAGGAUUUGUUGCUUCAUUUGGAGAGGAACUGGCAUUUGAACAUUCCUGGCUUUUCUAGUGAAGAACAGAGGAACCACAGGAAACCAAUAGCGAAUGAUGCCCACAGGAAACGACUCGAAGUGAUUCGAAAUUUGAUGGACUCUCAAAGCCCUGACACUGCUGUGGGAAAAGAUAGGGAUUCAAUGGGGCAACAAGCUGUUAACAAUUUGGAAGUUUUGGCUCACCAAAUCAAUGCCGUACAAAGUGAACAAAUGUUCUCUCCUGCAGCUGGUCCUCAAAUGGUUCAAAAGCUUACUCGUUUCUAGUUGGAUUACAGAUUAACUAUACUCCUAAAUCUUUGCCUUUGGCUAAAGCAGGUCAGUUUGUAACGUGGGUGAUAAUUAAUUUGUUUUAUUAUGCAUAUUGUAAAUAUGUUUUAUAUUCUAUUUAAAAUUGAAUGCAUACUUCAAAGGAGAAUAGUCGAAUGCCCCCAAUUUUUCUUGAAAUAGUAUGACAGAAUGGUCCUUUUCAGCU